AAGGAGUAGGUGUGUCAACUUUUGACUUGUACUGUAUGUUUGGAUUUUUAGCAUUUAUAGCAAUGGUUAUCAACUGUACUGCAGGGAUGGAACAGCAGUCACAGAAAAUUGAGAUGGUGGUGGCAUCUGCAGAGAGGUAUUUGGGUGUGCAAGACUUGACGUCAGAAGAGUUACAGGGUGUGUUAAGUGGUGUUGUCCCAUCCUUUCAGGCUGUUGGUCUGAGGUAGAACCAAAUGGAUUUAAAUAGUGGAGUAGGGUGGUGGGUUUUAGUGAGUAUAGUGUUAGAUGGUAGGGUAUUUAUUUAUUGAUAUAUUGUUAUUUAAAAAAAAAUGUGAGCAAAGUAUAACAGAGUUAUACUCCAAUCUAGUAGGGGGUGGUAAUGCAACGUAUAUUGGAUGCAAACCACCAUUAAACCUCAUCGAAGAAGAAAUGUUACAUUUCAAGAAAACAAGCUUGCAUCGAAGUCACAACAAUUUAACAGCUAAACCAUUUGCUAAAUGUUAUGUUAGCUGAAUACUAUGACUGAGUGUCCCAAUCCUCACAUAAAAAGAGAUAUGAGGUGACUCUAUAGCUGACUGAACUGAAGACAGAAUCUCAACCAUGGGGAAGCGGUACUACUGUGACUGUGACCGGCCCUUUCAGGACAACAUGCACAACAGGAAAAAACACAUGUACGGUUUUCAACACCACAGAUCUAAAAAAGCCUGGUUUGACCAUUUCAGAGAUGAAAGAUGGAGCAGAGAGGACCCAGAGCACAGAGCAUCCCCUGAGCGGAGCAUAGAGGAGUUUCUUACCAGGGGGGAGAAGAGGAGAGCCACCCUCAGCAGUGGAAGUGUUUUGAAAGAGGAAGAUGAUGACAAUCAACCAGAGAAUGAUAUACCACCACAUUUCCUCACAAUUCCUGACCUCCCUCCCUCACUUCUUCCCCCUCCCCCUAGUGGAUCGAAAGUCUGGCUGAACUGAAUGGGGUUAACUAAAGGAGAUUCACCAUUUUAUUUCUCAAAAGUUCCAUUUGGUGAUGCAAGAAUUGAUCGUUUUAUUUUUAUUAAGCCUCAAACUUUUACUUGAUGAAGGUGAGGGAAUUGUUUUAUCUUCAUAUUUGAAUUGAGUUUCUUCAUUAGUCUACAUUAGUCUUGUGAGUUAUGUGCAUGCAUACUUGUUGAGUCCUUGGAUUUAAGAAAAUGGAUUAUGAAUUAUACAUUUGCAGAAUGUGAGGUUGUAAUGCAUUUGAAAUGAUGACCUCAGGAAAGCAGCAGUACUGGAGUGGCUACCACAUUUAGAAAAAAAAACUAUAUGUGCUUUCCUUCCCUCCACCUAUUAUUUAUGAUGAAAAAGUGGUUUGUGUAUUUUGGGAAGAUUUAUUUUGAGUGGAUGGAUGUUACAACUUUACCUCAUCACUGAUGUUGGCCACGUGCACAAAAGAUGGUGUCCAUAUUUGUAAAAACAUAUUUUUUGUGUCCCUAUCUUCAGGUAAUAAAAUAGUGUUUCCCCACAUUUCAUUUGUAGGGGAUAAUAGAACAAGUGCUAUUCAGGACCUUACUUCAGUGUGUAAUUGGAGCCCUGUCAGUAUGUGCCACACAGCUGAGGGCCAGAUCAGACCGUGCUUUGGCAGGAUGUCACAUCACCAUGUGACGGCGACCCUUCGCCGGCAUCAUCUGCCUCUCCUGUGACAGUGACACAGAUUAAAACCCAAACCGCUACACCCUAGAAUAACAUUUUCAAUUUGUUUCAGAUUGGCUCUGAGGGAGAUGCCAGGACAGGGAUACUUUGCAGGUUGGUUGGCCAGCAGUGUGAGUACCUCCUCUACUCUGAAUAUUAUGGCUAUGCUGGCUGUAUUACAUCUCUGGGUUCUGUGAUAAAAACUCACAUGGUCAAUUUGAGCAGGACUACAGUUACUGACUUGACACAAGGCCUUAGUGUCUGCCUGCCUGCCACCGAGAGCCCUGAUAAGUUUCCCUGAACCAGGCAUAAAAUAACUCAACAUAAUUAAGUUGGUAUUUACACUUGUAGUUUUGCAUUUAUUCAAACUAUUCACCAAAAUGUACUAUGUACAGUCAUUGUACCAAAAAAAAUUCUAAGUACAAAAGUUUGUAGCUAUUAAUAGUAGCUUUAUGCUACUAUCCAACCAUUAGUAUGCAGCUUGCAUUAGUUGCUUAAUUGCCGGUACACUGUGCUCUUUUUAUCUGAUCUGCUUCUCUUUUUACAAUCCUCACUGCUCUUUAAGACCUUAACCACCUCCAAUGCGAAGUUACUGUGCUGAAUACUGAGUCCAUUCCCUGCUGAAAUGUGACACAUUAACAACGGUCUCUCUAGGCUCCGCAAGAGAAUUACAAGCAGAGUCCCAAUGUACGAGUGGCGCAGCGGUCUAAUGCAAUGAAUCUCAGUGCAAGAGUUGUCACUACAGUCCCUGGUUUGAAUCCAGGCUGUAUCACCUCUGGCCAUGAUUGAGAGUCCCAUAGGGCGGCGCACAAUUGGCCCAGCGGGUAGGCCGUCAUUGUAAAUAAGAAUUUGUUCUUAACUGACUUGCCGAG